UAGAAAUUCACAGAGGCGGAAGGAGUGAGCCCACUGGCCUGCCCGGACUCAGGAAACAAGUUACAGAGGCAGGAGGAGGGCCCUUGGAGCUUAGGAGAAAGAAAUCACAGAUUUACAGUCCGCACGAUGUCUGGAGCCAGCCGCCCCCUUGCUCUUCUCCUCUGCGGCUGUUACGCGGUGGCCCUGGGAGUCCCCUCUGGGGACCACGGCGCAGCUGAAGGUCUCAACACUGACUAUUACGUGGCCGCGGUGUAUGAGCACCAGCUGAUCGAGGGUCCGGACCCUCUAGCUCUCGUCAGCCGCAAGCAGGCCUUGGAACUGAUGAACCAGAACCUGGACAUCUACGAAGAGCAAGUGAUGAUUGCCGCCCAAAAGGGUGUACAGAUUAUAGUGUUUCCAGAAGACGGCAUUCACGGAUUCAACUUUACAAGAACAUCCAUUUACCCCUUUUUGGACUUCAUGCCGUCUCCCCGGGUCGUCAGGUGGAACCCAUGCCUGGAGCCCCAUCGAUUUGAUGACACGGAGGUCCUCCAGCGCCUGAGCUGCAUGGCCGCGAGGGGGCGCAUGUUCCUGGUGGCCAAUAUCGGGACAAAGCAGCCCUGUCGGAGCAGUGACCCUGGCUGCCCGGGGGACGGAAGGUACCAGUUUAACACGAACGUCGUGUUCAGCAGCAAUGGAACCCUCGUAGACCGCUACCGCAAACAGAACCUCUACUUCGAGGCGGCUUUUGAUACCCCUUUCCAGGUGGACCACGUUACCUUCGACACCCCUUUUGCCGGCAGGUUCGGCGUCUUCACCUGCUUUGACGUGCUGUUCUUCCAGCCCGCCGUCUCACUGCUCAGAGACCCCGAGGUGAAGCACAUCGUGUUCACGGCCGCCUGGAUGAACCAGCUCCCGCUGCUGGCGGCUAUUCAGAUUCAGAGUGCUUUCGCCAUGGCCUUCGGGGUCAACUUCCUGGCUGCUAACAUCCACCAGCUGUCCUCGGGCAUGACUGGAAGUGGCAUACACUCGCCCCUGAAGUCCGUGUGGCACCAUGACAUGGAACAUGCCACAGGCCACCUCAUAACUGCCCAGGUAGCCAGAAACCCACAGCGUCUUGUUGGCACAGAGAACGCCACAGAUACAGUGGACCCAUCCCAUAGUAAAUUUCUACAAAUCUUGGCAGGUGACCCAUACUGUGAGAGGGAUUCUCAGGAAGUCCUCUGUGAUGGAGCCACCAGAUGGAACAUGAAUGCUCCUCCCACGUUUCACUCCGAGAUGAUGUAUGACAAUUUCACCCUGGUCCCCGUAUGGGAAAAGGAAGGCUCUCUCCGCGUCUGUGCCAACGGCCUCUGCUGUUACUUACUCUACCAGAGGCCCACUUUGUCCGAAGAGCUGUAUGCCCUGGGGGUCUUCGAUGGCCUCCACACCGUGCACGGCACUUACUACGUGCAAGUCUGUGCCCUGGUCAAGUGUGGGGGUCUCAGCUUUGACACCUGCGGGCAGGAGAUCUCCGAGGCCACGGGGAUGUUUGACUUUCACCUGUGGGGCAACUUCAGCACUCCCUAUAUCUUUCCUCUGCUUCUGACCUCAGGCAUGACCCUGGAAACCCCUGACCAGCUCGGCUGGGAGAACGACCACUAUUUCCUGAGAAAGAGCCGACUGUCCUCUGGUCUGGUGACAGCAGCCCUCUAUGGGCGGUUGUAUGAGAGGGACUCGGGGGAGUGGGGGCUGGGCGCUGGCCAGCGUGUGGAUAGCCCUGAACUUGCACAGGCCACAGCUCACAGUACUGGGACCACCUCUGCCCACCCUGGGAGCUUUGGGAAGAAAUAGGGGAGGCAGACUCCACCCAGCGUCUCUUCCUCUUACAUGCAGAUCACUGAGACACUCCCUGGUAUUUUCUACCCACCGUUGUCUUUGCCGAGCCACGCCUUUCUCUAGCAGAUCUCUCAUUACACAGUUGGCUUUCAGAGCUCACACAGCCCUGGCUGGGAGGGUCAGUCGGUUGGAGCAUCGUCCUGUUCACCAAAAGGUUGUGGGUUCAAUUCCCAAUCAGGGCACAUACCUAGGUUGUGGGUUUGGUCCCCGGUGUGGGAGGCAGCCGAUUGAUGUUUCUCUCUCACAUUGGUAUUCCUCUCUCACUCUCUCUCAGAUCAAUAAAUAUAUCCUCAGGUGAGGAUUUUAAAAUGAAAUAAGUGACAGUUUCUGUUGCACACCCCCACAGAGCAGUGGCCUGUGUGUUUUCCUGGUUCUUGUUGAUCAGUGAGGCCCAGGACCUCGGGCCUUUUCUAAGGCAAGAAACAAACUUGCAAAGCAGAAGCUGCCAUGGAAACGGCUGCCACGGGGCCCUCUUCCCAUUCAGUCGGCCCGGAAUUCUAUCCAGAGGAAGUGGCAGCACCAGAGCCACCAGCCACAGCAGAAUUGUGGCUUUUGAAGCAGCUUGAAACAGAAGGGAAGUGUCUCACGUCUGCCUUUCUGCCGGUGAACGGAAGGUGUGCGGUGGGAUCCACUGUGCCCUGAAGGAAGGAGCGCGAUGCCCCAGGGAGGGGA